UUCCGGUACACAUUGACAACCACAGUGGAUUAUGCUCUGCGCAGGUAGAGAACAUCAAAACUUUUUAUACACGCCCGUGAAGAAAACAUCGAUAACAUAGAUAACUGCUUUUGACAGUGCAGUUUGUGUAUGAUUCAAGAAGAUUACUUUCUGAGAUGGCUAAUGCUCCCUCCAAGGCAACGCAACAACAUUUUCUCCAAAAGCUGCAAAAAGAUAAAUCCUCUCCUAAAGACAUUUGGGAAUAUGCUCUGUCUGUCAAAUGGGUCGACCAUGUCCGGCAGUACAUUGAAGAUGAAAGCUGCUCCACCAAAUCAGUUCCACCGAUAUUUUCCUCCGAGAUCGAAGGGGAAAAUAUAUAUAUAGGUGAAAACAACUGGAAAAUUUUAGCUCUGUGGUAUGGACUAGAUGCUCAGUUCUCAUGCAGAAGGCGGCCAACUGUCGGCUGUUACACAAACAUCUUGGCAACCCCAGGCUCCAGUGACCCUCCUCAGCAUGGCUAUGUGUUUGCAGACAACAAACUGGAUUAUCUAACAGCACGCUGCUGUAGAUUAAGAGAUGUGGAGGACAAAGAGGCAAAACAUUUAUGGUUAACAUUCUAUUUCUGGGACUUUGUGGAGUAUGUAGAAUUUCAGCUUCGUUGCACCCUCAAAAUUCAUCCUAGUAAAGCAGCACGAAUGUGGUUUUCAUUGGUUGACGAUGGAACCUGUAUAAUGCUAGAAGAAAUAAGUUCCUCAAAAUCAUUAUCAAUCGGCUGCAUUAUCUGCAGAGAUUACCCUGAAUUAUUUGAGCUGUUAAAGAAAAGACAAACUCUACCUUCAGAUCAGUCGCUGGAGUCAUCUAUGCCCUCAGCAUCUAUCUGCACCAUCAAGGAAGACCUUUCUAAUGUCUUUCUAUCACAGCAAUGGCAGCUUAUGCUCUGUCUUGAGGAACUACCCAGCCCAGCGACAGACUAUGGUGAUGUUUUAGGGAUAACUGGUGGCAUGGUGCCUUCACUUUUCCGAAGUCUCCACAUUGAUCAUUUAUUUCUAGGAACCUCGGAGCAUCAAGCAUGGGAUAGUGCUCUCAAAAACAUAGUCUUUGAAGCUAGUGAAGAAUUCAAGAAAACGAUGCAAAUUCAACAAGAGAAGAUUCUCAGCAGAGGUGAACAUCUCAUUCAGCAGGCUCACUUAAGCUACAAGAUGAAAGCAGACGAGCUUAGCUCAAAACUGGAAGAAGUGACAACAAAAGAGAAGACACUGAACUUUCGCGAAAAAGAGCUAAACGAAAGAGAACACGAGUUGAAUUGUAGACUUGAUAAAUACAAAUCUGUGUUAACCGAAUUUCUCAUGAGAAAAGACGCAUUUGAGAAAAAUGCACAGAUAAUGGCUGAGCAAAACAGGAUAACUGGUUCUAAAAUUGACUUGAAUGUUGGGGGUGCUCGCUUCACUACAUCUCUGAGUACACUUUUGAAGGAGAAAAACUCCCUGCUGCACACCAUGUUCAGUGGCCAGCACCCCCUCCAGCCUGAUGUAGACGGAAGCUAUUUUGUUGAUCGAGAUGGGACCAACUUCCGGCACAUUUUAAAUUUUUUACGUGAUGGACCACCUAGCAUGGAACGCCUGAACCGUGAGGAUUUCCGUUUGCUGAGUGAGCUAAGAUCAGAGGCACAAUAUUAUCAGCUUAGCAGAAUGGCUGACGUUCUGAGUGCUAUGAUGUCACCUGCACGUGGAAAAGCCGGUGCAUUUGCUAGCCAGCCAAAGUAAUGCCUGCCUCCCAUUGUCAAAUUGGGUGCAAUCAGAUUUUUUUUUCUUGGAACAUGUAGGUUACAGUUUAUUGUGAAAUGUAUUUGAUAAAAGUAGGUUGAAUAAUGAUGUUUUAGUAUGUAACUUUAUGCAAAAUUUGUGCCAGUCUAUAAUUCAAGGUUAUGACGUGCUAUAGUGAGGGAGUGAAAUUAAUCAGUGUUUACCUGCUAGACAUAACUUCGUAAAGUUUUUUUAAUGAUUUAAUGUAUAACUCUUUAUAUUUUUACACUAAAUUAUUUGAGAAAUAUAUGUAUACAAUAUCACAGAUAGGUAAUAUAGUAUUUAUAAUACUUACUCCACUAAUAUUUUGAUUAAUACAGGAUUUUACAAAUUGGGUUUUGUCUAGAUAUGUGUAUUUAACUUUUUUUUUUUUUUUUUGUCUUAUUUGUACAAGCAGUUGUGGAGGAUAAUUGUUUGGCUUGCCUCAGCACCUGAUCUUUCUGUAAGAGUUGCGAUGCAUUCAUGUUAAAAAUAAGCAAAUGUCCCAAAACAGUGCUAUGCCUCUAUAAACUCUAGUGGGAACUGAACCGGAGACACUUUGUAUGGAACACCACUCUCAUUUUCUAGUAAUGUUUACUUCAGAUAUGCCUCAACUGCCAAAGAUGAACAAUGUUCUGGACCACCUUUUGUGUCAGACAGGAGGUCUAAGACACCAUUUUUGUAGCAACACUUUUUGAACAGCCAGUUUCAAACUUAUUUCAAACUUAUUUUUUUCUUUCUCUCUCUUUUUCGUAACAGAAAGAAGACGUCUUUCUGUGCAUGGGCUUUUAAUGCAGUCUAGAUUGCUGUUUCAAUCAUUAUUGUAAUUUUGUCUAUCUUUUGUUAGCAUGAUUGUGCCUGAUUAGAAAUCCUUCUGAAAACCUGUUCCUGAUUUUUUAGCACAAAUUUGGACUGUGUAGUCCCAAGGAAAGAAAAAAAUCAUUUACACCAUGUUAAAUGAAUAACAUUCCAAUUCUUUUGCACAUUUUGGGCUGAAUAAUCCUAAAGAGAAUAUUCCUAAUAAUGGUUUCAAUUGCAUGUUGAUUUACUGUUUCUUUGUAAGACACAUUUCAGCUUACUAUUUUGUAAGUUUUAAGUUGUUGUCAGUAACAAGCAACUUUCAACACUUCUUAAUUCUUUCCCCAGUUUUCUUCACUUAUUUGUCCCAUAUUUAGAUAUAGACAGGAAUGUAUUGUGUUAUUUCAUUAGUAACACUUCCAUAUGUGUGACUAUAAAAUAUAAAACAUAAGCACUAAAUAAACAUGAAUGUUGUGUGAAGGGGAUGGGGUGGGAAAAGCUGGAGACAAUUUUUCAUUGCUUAUGCUGAAAUUUUAAUUCACUUUGUCAGUGGAAGCAUCAGAUGGAGGUCUGACAGUCAAAAGUUAAGUAAUGAAUGGGUUCACUUCUAAAUGUAUAAGAAUCAUACAGUUUAUUGUUUUGUUUUUCGCUGUAACUUUACGACCAUGAUAUAAAAAGAAACUAGCGAGCAGGGAGGUGUGGGAUGACAUUAGUGAGAAAAACAAUACAAUGACAAAGUUGCAGUUCAGCACUUGUAAUCUCAGGGCUGCAUGGCAUGAUAUCAAACCUAUGUCCUCUGGUAAUUGUGUGGCAGAUGCUCUUAAAAAAAUAAAUAUGGAACUUGUAGGGUUGAUGAUUGUGAUCUUCCCAGGCAAAGGGACUUAAAAGGUGUCUUCCCCCUAGAAAUAGCGCCCGAUUAAAUUAUAUUUAAAUAAGGUAUGUGACAUACUGCAGUUGCGGCCCUAUGCUCCACUGGGGGUGAUUAGGAACAACAUUAAGAAGACAUACUGAAGUCGAAAACUUCUUAGUUUAAAUUUUGUUGUGUAAAUAUGUUGCAAAACACCAAUUCAGCAUCAAUUGUUUUUUAAUUCAAAACCAUGAAUGAAACUCCGUGCACGAACUACGCCCAUGCUCCCUCCAAAUGUGGUUGUUGAUCAUGAUGCUAUCCAAUGGGAGAAUCAGAUACUGAACUGGCCUUGAGAUGAGAGCUAAAUUCCCGUCAAGUGUUCCUUUGCACAAAGAAGGAUGAAGGAUUGUCUAUAGAAUAAAUUUAAAGGUAAACAUUUUGCAAAAUAAAAAAAAAUCUAAAUGGAUGCUACUCGAGGAGUUAUAACGACUAAACUAAAUGGAUGAUAAAAGUAAUCAAAAUGUUCUGUUCAAAGUGUAUUAACAUUUGAUAUUUGAAUUAGCGUGUUAGAGACAAUAUGAUAAUGUUCCCCUUAGAAAUAGCUUGGUUAAAAGGGGAUAGGUGGAGAAGAUUACUGUUGUGUUAUAAACUGCCGCAACGGCAACGCUUUUUAAAAAGUUUGAGAAAAAUUAGUAUUAUCAGGUUUGCCAAUAGCAUGCAUGAAAACUCAGUAAAUAAAAAUUGUGGUUACAAGCAUAUCGCUUGUAUCAAAAAGAGAACUUCAUGCAACAGCAACCUCAGCAGUACGCAGUUGACACUUUGUAAGAGGAUUUGAGAUAAAUUGGCUAGAUCCUAACAUUUCAUUGCAGGGAUGAAAGUUAGUGAAAGUAUACAAGUGUGUGUCACCAGGGUGAGCAAAACUUGAUCUGCUUACAGUGUAGCUUGGAGCAUAUUUGCCAGCCUUAUAAUUGUGAAAAAUAUAACUGUUGCAAGAUUAAUAAUAAUAAUUUUUUGUACAGGUGUAUAAUAUUGUAUGCUGUGCAUAACGGACAGACUUCAACUCUACACUUCACAGGAAAAAAAGUAGAAUAAAAAGAUGUUAAAUUGUAA